AUGUUUGAUAUGAAUCCUUCUAUAGUUUGUCUUCAACUACACCUCCUGGAUCAAAAAAUUGUUAAUUUUAAUGAAAAAAAUAAAUUAGUUGAAGUCCUUAUGAAUGAAAAUAAUAAAAAAACUAUAUUAACAGAAUACUUUCACUUAAAUUCUAUCGAUCCAGAAGCACACAAUUAUCUAUAUGCUGAAAUUCCAACUCAUUAUAUCUGGAAUACUCAAAGUAAAAAAUGGACUAGAAGAAAAAAAGAAAAUGCUAUUGGAAGAAUAUACAUGGCAUACUCAAGUGAAAAUAAAAGAUAUUAUUUGCAUUUAUUAUUAAAUCAUGUUCGCGGUGCAACUUCAUAUGAUGAUCUUAAACAUAUUAAUACUAGACAAUUUCAUAUACCUUGUGCAUUACGAAAUCUCUUCUCAGCUAUUUUAGUUUUUGGAGAAUCUGAGGAUCCUAAAAAACUUUGGAAUGAGAAUUUUCAAGCUAUAUCUGAAGAUUUUACUAGGAAUGGAAUACCAGAAGGACAGUUAUGCAUUAAUGCAGUACUUAAAUAUAUUAAUCAAUUCCUUCAACAAUAUAACAAAAGUAUAAACGAUUAUGGACUACCAAAGAUUAAUUCUGAUUAUGUUGAUGAUCAACAAACUCUUCUCUGA